CAGGCACCCGACACCGGGGCAGAGACCGCGGCACCGCCGGGUACCGACAGCAGGAGCGAAGCCUCCCGGCACCGAGACCGAGCCAUCACCGGGCACCGCACCGGGACCAGCACCGGGACAUCGGGCAGAGGCACCCGCGGGCACCGGGACCGAAGCCGCCGGGCGCCGAUCGCCGCGAUGCUUCCCGGGGCAGGACCCCUCGCCUUCCUCCUCCGGUGCCUGCUGCUCCUCCUCGGCUCCGAGAGCCGCGCCCGGGCUCGGCCGGACGUGUUCUGUGACUUCAAUGGCAAGAAGUACAGCCCGGGGGAGAGCUGGCACCCCUACCUGGAGCCGCAGGGGCUGAUGUACUGCAUCCGCUGCAGCUGCUCCGAGAAUGCCAACAUCAGGUGCUACCGGAUCCAGUGCCCGGCUCUGCAAUGUGCCAGCUCCGUCACGGACCCUCAGCAGUGCUGCCCGCGGUGCCUUGGUAGGUGGACAUCCCAUGGGGAGAGGGUGACAAGGUGGCCAUGGUCCUGCAAUCUCCGGGCACCACAUUCCCCUUCUGGCCUGCGGGCACCCCUCAGGUCCUGCCAGUACAACGGGACAAGCUACCAGCAAGGGGAGAUGUUCACCACCAGCGAGCUCUUCCCCAGCCGCCAGCCGAACCAGUGUGUGCAGUGCAGCUGCUCCGAAGGCCAGAUCUACUGUGGCUUGGUGACCUGCCCGGAGCUCCUGUGUUCCUCUCCCCUCACCGUGCCGGAUUCCUGCUGCCAGGUCUGCAAAGAUGGCUCACAGGAGAAGUCCACGGAAGAGGAGCCCCUGCAGUUAAACAGAGGUGUUAGGCACUCACAAGACCAGUGCCUGGGGGAGGCCAUGGGCAGGAAGCCUCCCGGAGCCACUGUGGCCGCUGCCCUCAGCUCUUCCCUGGAGUUCGUGCCCAGGAGCUUCAAACCCAAGGGAGGAGGUGGCACCACCGUGAAGAUCGUCUUGAAAGAGAAGCACAAGAAAGCCUGUGUGUACAACGGGAAGACCUAUUCCCAUGGGGAAGUGUGGCAUCCCGUCUUCCGGCUCUACGGCCUCCUGCCCUGCAUCCUUUGCACUUGCAGGGAUGGUGUCCAGGACUGCCAGAAGAUCACCUGCCCCAAGGAGUAUCCGUGUGAGCAUCCAGAGAAAGUAGAUGGGAAAUGCUGUAAAAUAUGUCCAGAAACCAAGGUCAAACCCACUGCUGAAGCAGCCACCACGCGCUGCGCCAAGAACCCCAACCGCGUCCUGGUGUACGUGUUUGUGCCACCGAGCUCCGGGUCCUCCAAGGAGAUCCUCAGGACGAUGGCAGUGGAGAAGGAGCCUGCAGAAGAGGUGGAAAUCUACAACUGGAAGCUGAUUAAAGGAAUCUUUCAUCUGAUCCAGACCAAGAAGAUCAGCAAACAGGAAUUCAAGCAGGAAGCACACAACUUCAGACUCAUCACCAGGACGAACGAAGGUCACUGGAACAUCUUCCGAGCCCAGACAUCAGAGCUGCAGAUGACAGAGAGCCCAGAGAAAGACACAAAGAGCUUGUAACGAGAGCAAACUCUACCCUAGCUAUCGAUUUAUGUACACACCCCAUACACACAUACACCUAUAUAGGAAGUACAAAGCCUCAUUACUCAAUAGACUGGCACAGCAGUAAAGGAUGCACUAGUGUAAACUACAGAACCUCCAGCCAUGGAGCCAAACUGAACCACAUGGGAUCCCAGCCGUGGAGGUGCCUCUCUCCAACGGGAGAGCACAAGAGGUUGGCCAUCACCUCCUGCGACAAAGAGGUUGGAAGUGCAGAGGGAAGAGGAGGAAGGGACAAGGGAGAUGUGAGACCUGGAGCGGCACGGAGAGGUGGGAUACAUCCCUGACACCCGGCGUUCUGAAGAGCAUCAGGAGUUAGCAGCAGCCGUGACCACGCUUCUUUCCAACCACCAACAUGAAGAUGACCUGCAAGGAAAGAAAAACCAUCCUUAUCCUUUUCCUCGGAGCCCCUGUGACCUGCAAAGGGUUUCCUUGGAUAGACAACCCCAUAAGGGUACUCCUGGAGGAAUCCUGGGUCUUCUCUGCUCCCGCCGGAAGGAUUCUUUUCCCUUCUUUGCAGGUCACUUGAAGAUGGAGUUUUUGGGAGGACCCACCUGCUGAUGGGGUCUGAGACCCCGAGCGCUGCACUAAGGUCGCUACCAAGCGUGUUAUUAUGCUAUAUAUCUAUCUAUAUCCUACAUAAUAUCUACUGGGCUGUAUUCACAGGAGGGGCAUCUCCCAAAGGGCGAACAGGACCAUUUCUGCAGCGUGGGGAGGAGGGGGUGCAGCAGCAUCGCCCUCCCCCUGUCUGGAACCAGCUUUGGGGGAUUUUCAGGUUGUUUUGGUACAUGUAUUUAUCUCUGGUUUUAUUCUGUUUUGAUAAAUCUAUUUAUUUGGAGAUCCAGAGCUGUCUGAUAAAUCUGAUUAAAGCGUCUUGAUGAUUCAGCCUCCUGUGCUGGCUCUCCUUUCUCCAUAGGGUCUGUGUCACGAGAGGGGUGAGAUCCCCAUCCUGGUGGGGUUGGA